AUGGCGGAUAAGUGGGAAAAUAAGGAGAGCGAUGAUAAAGCUACAAGACAACUAAGAGUGAAAGAUGAACCAAUGGAUAUUGAUUUACCUGAGGAGGAAGAUGUGCCACCUGCUUUUGGGCCUGCUGCACUCGGUCUACAUAGGGUUGGAACCCAAUUACCUCCGAAGCCAACACCAAGUGAACCAAUGCAAAAACUUAAUGCAAGGGGCAUGCCCGCCAGAAUACGUAAAAAAAACCGUUUUAUAUUUGUUGAUGACUUUGUAAAUACAUCUCCUCCCCGACAAUCACCAAAACGUUCACCAAAAAUUCUUAAAACUCCUCUUAAAAUAUCAGCUGCCACUAAACAAAAAUCACCACUGAAAACACCAGUUAAGAAAUAUGCUGAAAAAUGUGAUGAAAAAGUUGAUAGCACAUCCCCAGAUAGAAAGAGUGGACAGAGAAUAGGAAUGCGUUUAAGAAAUCUAUUAAAGCUACCAAAAGCUCAUAAAUGGGUCUGUUUUGAAUAUUUCUAUAGUAACAUAGAUAAAGCUAUAUUUGACGGAGAAAAUGAUUUUAUGAUAUGCUUAAAGGAGUCUUUACCUCAGUUUACUGAUAGACAGCUAACUAGUGCGCAAUGGGCCAAAAUUAGAAGGAUAAUGGGCAAACCUCGUAGGUGUUCUCCUGCAUUUUUUGAGGAGGAAAGAAGAGAAUUAGAAAGAAAAAGGAAACUCAUAAGGUACAUACAACAGAGAAAAACAGCAGAUAUUUGUGUCAAAGAUUUACCCAAUGAGAUACCUAUGCAAUUAGUUGUGGGAACUAAAGUGACAGCCAGGUUAAGGAAGCCUCAAGAUGGUUUGUUUACUGGUUCUAUUGAUGCUGUAGAUACUUCUAAUAAUACCUAUCGUAUUACAUUUGAGAGACCAAAAUUGGGUACUCACUCAGUACCCGACUAUGAGGUAUUAUCAAAUGAGCCACCAGAUUCAAUACUUUUAUCCAGUAUAACCCAAAGGUUUCGACCUCGGGCUGUAAAUGAUGUUUUUAAUUUUUAUCAAUCUUCCCUUACCAACAAUACAAAUGGUCAAGGAGAUCCAAUGAUUGGGUGCAGUGAUAUAGCAAAGCAAAUUGAUAACACUGUAGGAUCCUAUCCUUAUGGAUUUCUUGAGCUAAUUGUAAAAUUUACAAAAAUUUUACAAGUUAAGAGAGGUAAAAUUAAUAACUUAAAAGACUUAAAUAGUGAGGCUGAGAAAAGAAAGUCCUAUGAUCAGAAAACACCGGAAGAUUUUGAAAGAAAAUAUGCAGCUAUUGUCAUUGAUCUUGAAAGAAUGAACAUGGACUUGCAAGAAUGUAUCAAUGAAAUUCAAGUAUAUUGUCAACAAAUUGCACCAGGGCCAAGUUUAGCUGCUAUGCUAGCUCCUUCUCAUCUGCGCGAAAAGUGUCGUGAAGAAGCAUCUGAACUAGUAGCAAACCAUAAUAAUGGCUCUGUAAAGGAUACAAAUUUAUUGGAUCUUAUCACAGAUCUAACUGCCUUAAUGUUACAGGUAAAAAGUCUAUCAAAUUCUGAUCAAAAUGCUUAUGAACUUAGUGUUCUCCAAGGGACGAUGGAACAAAUUAAAAUGAAAUUGGAACCCAAGUAUCAAAAAUUGUUUCAAUCUAAUGUUGAACCUCACAUGCAAAGGAUUCAAAUGGGCCUGGGUCAGACAUCAUCAAGUUGUUUAGUUAUGGGCUCUUAA